GGUUUUGGCACUUGACCGUUUCCGUACUUAUACCUAUACGUAUAGUCUCCCUGCUCUGCAGUCUGCAGAUUGUCGCGUCCGUUAAUCAGCCAUUCAAUUAUUUUUGGCGGGUAAUUGCUCUGAAAAUACGUCAACAAAAAGAUGACGGAGAUAGAAGAAAAGAACGUUGUAGAGCAGAAUAAUGGAAAGGCCCAGGGUGAUGGAGACGUGGACGAGGAUCACGAAGAGUAUCAGUACCUCAAGCUAAUCGAGCGAAUCAUCGCGAAGGGUGCCGUCAAGACCGACCGGACCGGCGUCGGAACUCACUUCAUUUUUGGCACGCAAAUGAGAUUCAGCUUGAGAGACGGCAUCUUUCCUCUGCUGACAACCAAGAACGUUCUUUGGCGUGCUGUGGUCGAGGAGUUGCUCUGGUUCAUAAAGGGAUCCACUAACGCAAAAGAGCUUGCCGACAAAGGCGUAAAAAUCUGGAACGCCAAUAGUUCGCGUGAAUUUUUGGAUUCCUGCGGGUUCACCGAUAGAGAAGAGGGCGACUUGGGCCCUGUAUAUGGCUUCCAGUGGAGGCAUUUCGGAGCCAAAUAUGUCAAUAUGCAUACGGAUUACACUGGACAGGGAGUCGACCAGUUGCAGGAUGUGAUUAACAAAAUAAAAAACAAACCGGAUGACCGACGAAUAAUAAUGUGCGCCUGGAAUCCAGUAGAUAUUCCUAUAAUGGCUCUUCCUCCUUGUCAUGCUCUGGUGCAAUUUUGUGUAGCUGAUGGAGAGUUAUCUUGUCAGCUGUAUCAAAGAAGUGCUGAUAUGGGACUUGGAGUCCCAUUCAACAUUGCCUCUUAUUCUUUGCUCACAUGCAUGAUUGCCCAUAUAACGAAUUUGAAGCCAGGAGAUUUUGUACAUACAAUGGGUGACUGUCAUGUAUAUCGUAACCACGUACCAGCACUAAAAGAACAAAUCGCACGAAAGCCAAAACCGUUCCCGACUCUCAAGAUAACGAGAAAAGUUGAGAAUAUCGAUGAUUUCAAAUCAACCGAUUUCGAAUUAAAUAAUUAUAAACCACAUGCAAAAAUUUAUAUGCCUAUGGCUGUUUAAUAGUAUUCUAUAAAAAAGGAGGCUCAAGUACUGCAACGUUUUUUUUUAGCAAUAACUAGAUUUUAUUUUCUAAUAAAAUUAUAUUCUUAAUAAAUAAACUCAUACCUUGAUAUCAUGUUAAA